AUGUUCGCUUUAGACUGCCACGAGGGAGCCUCUCCCAGCUGUUCGACGCAUCCCGACCCCAAUAUGCCUCCCGAAAUGCUUCGUUUUCAAACCCCGUCAGAGCGCGACGAAGGUUUCGACGACGCGGAUUCCGCUUACGGAGACGACUCGCUGAUCGGCGACGACACAAAAACGCUCUCGACUUACAUCACCGACUACCGCUACGAGUUCGGCCGUCGCUACCAUUCCUACCGCGAUGGCGCAUACUGGGGCCCAAACGACGAGGUCGCAAACGCACAGCAGGACCUCGCUCAUCACAUGUACACUCUCACCUUAGACGGACAACUGCACCUCGCGCCGAUCGGAAAUGAUCCUCAGGAAAUUCUCGACCUCGGAACUGGAACCGGGAUCUGGGCCAUCGCUCGCGUCACCGGUGUCGACCUCUCCCCGAUCCAACCGUCCUUUGUUCCUCCGAAUUGUAUCUUUGAAAUCGACGACAUAACGCUUCCGUGGACGUAUCCCGCAAAUCAGUUCGACUAUAUCCAUAUCCGAGAACUGUUCGGUUGCAUACCCGACUGGGACGAAUUCUUCCGACAAUGCUGGCACAGUUUGAAACCCGGGGGCUAUAUCGAGGUCGUGGAACACUCCGUACAACCGAUAGCAGACGACGAGACAAUGGGUCCGGAUCACUUUUACCACGAAUGGGGGCAGGUCGUCGUAGACUCGGGCCGGCAGUUUGGGAAGACGUUCACGAUCUGGGAGGAAUCUGCGUCGCGUCUGAGGAAUGCAGGGUUUGUUGACGUCGUGGAGAAGGGAUUCAAAUGGCCUAUGAACGGAUGGAGUUCCGACCCAAAGCUGCAUGAACUCGGCCGCUGGAACCAAUUUCGUCUCCACGGCGGCAUCGAGGGCUUUAUGCUUCGACUGCUCACAACAACUCUGCACUGGUCGUAUGAAACGGCCCAAGUACAUCUCGCGCAAAUGCGCGCAUCGCUCGGGGACUACCGAACACACGCCUAUCUUCCCGGGACGGUCGUCUACGCCCGAAAACCACAAAACUCCGUACCACCACAUACCCAAUAA